AUGAACUAAAAAAAUUUUUAUAACAAACACAACAAAAUGGAAUCAAACUAAGAUCUACUCUUGAGUUCUAGAAACAGAGUUAGAUCAGCCUUUUAAGAUAUUUCGAAUAUGAAUUUUACAUUUAUUAAUAUAAAGGAGAAGGUUUUAAGAUAACAAAAAGAGGACAAAAAAAUUUCAAAAGGUAAAAGAAGAAAUGCAAUAAUCCCAUUUAAUAUAGAGAGGAUGUUGAUAAAAGUGGAAAGUGCAGAAUUUCAAUUUAUCAAUAUUUAGACUAAAUCUGUGAAUUAGAUAGAGAAAGAUAUCUUAUGUUAUUUUGAUAAAUUCCGAUCUGAAAUUUAUUAAUAUGAAUUAGUGAUAGAAUAAAAAGUAAUUAAAAUAUUUAAUAGACUAGUCAAACUUUUUGAAUAUUGAUUAACAUGAUUUUACAGGAGAGCAAUUAGAAAGAGUACUAGAUUGGAUGGUAUAUAAGAUGAAAAAGUUUAAAAAAGUCUCAAAUGAGUCAAUUUUCAAAGCUAUCGAAUUAGUUUAUUAAUAUUUGUAGAACACUUAUCAUUUAACACUUAAAGAUUUGGAAUUAAUAUCAGGUUGUAGUAUUUAUAUUUCAUCAAAAUUUGUUGAUUUGUAUCCCAUAUACAUUGAUGAUUUAUGUUAGGAAGUAAAACUAUUUAGAUAAUUUAGGUGUUGUAAUAGAAAUAUUAUAAUAGUGAUAUUUUAUCAUAAGAGAGAAAGAUAUGUAAAAGUUUAAAUUAUAAUUUAUGUUUCACAACAUCAUUGUAAUUAGUACAUAGAAUAUUAAUGGAUUUAAAAGAUUUAAUAGAAUAAAUUUAUAAUAAAGAAAAAGUAGAUAUAUUAAUAUAGAAAACAAUUGAUAAUUUAUUUUAUAUGGAAAUAGGCUAAGAGUUUAGAUAGAUUUCAUUGUGCAAUAAGGCCCUGGCUUGUAUUUUAUUAACUAUGAUAGAAGAAAAUAUUGAGAGUAGAGUAGUAAUUAUUUGA